AUGGACGCAAUCAGGGCGACUACGGUCCCUUCGGUUCGCUUCUCGCGCCGGCAUGGCUCUCUAUCCUCCUCACCCUCGUCAGCCCCACUCUCUUCGCCGACACCUGGCUCGCUCCACCUCACGACGAACCACCUGAUCUUUCAGCAUAAGCGCGAUGGUGGGCGGACUACGGACAGCGGACCGAGCCCGUCACAAGAGGCGGAGGCUUCGAAUGGAUCGCAAGUCUCGUCGAAGCAGGACGACGAGGUUUGGGUCCCCCUCUCGAUCUUGCACUCCGUCACUCGCUCUCCGCCCUCCUUCACCGGCGAGCCCUCCCCUCUCGUCCUCCGCACGCGGUUAUACGAGACCAUCGAGCUCGUCUUCGACUCUCUCGACGAGGCAGACGCUGUGUGGGACAGCCUGAAGGGUUUGUGCGGAUCCUUCUCGGCAGGCGGGCUGGAGAACCGAUAUGCGUUCUUCUGCAAUGAUGCGGGCAAGGCGGACAGGAAGGGGAAGGGAAAGGCGAGCUGGGACAUCUACAGUGCCGAGGAAGAGUUUGCGCGAAUGGGAUUGGGGACGAGGAGCAAGGCGUGGCGGUUCACCGACAUCAACGCCGACUUCCAGUUCUGCCCAUCGUACCCGGCCAAGAUCGUUGUCCCCGCCAAGAUCUCCGACACGACCCUCUCGUACGCCGUCAAGUACCGCAGCAAGAGCCGUAUACCAGGUCUCGUCUAUCUGCACUGGGCCAAUCUGGGCUCGAUCACACGCUCGUCCCAGCCCAUGGUCGGCAUCACCCAGAACGCCCGCUCGAUCCAGGACGAAAAGCUCAUCGAGGCCAUCUUCUCCUCGCACUCUCAGCACUCGCACAAGUUCCAGCCCAUGUCCCUCGGCGACCCGCUUUCCUCGUCCUCCUCUCUCGACCUCGCGUCAAGCGGUCAAGUCGUGUACGGCGCGACCGCGACGAACGUCAUCAUCGACGCCCGCCCGACCAAGAACGCCUACGCCAACUCCGUCAAGGGCGCAGGGACGGAGAACAUGCUUUACUACAAGAACUGCAAGAAGGAGUACCUCGGCAUCGACAACAUCCACGUUAUGCGGUCUAGCCUCAACGGCGUCUUUGAUGCGCUCGCCGAUGCCGAAGCUUCUGGUCGCCUCGACCGCUCAGCACUUCGCCGCACGAACUGGCUCUCGCACCUCACCAACAUCCUCGAAGGCGUCCUUAUCGUGCUCCGCACCGUUCACCUCUACAACUCGCAUGUACUCGUCCACUGCUCCGACGGAUGGGACCGCACCUCGCAACUCUCGGCUCUCCCGCAGCUCUGCCUUGACCCUUACUUCCGGACCGCACGCGGCUUCGCCGUCCUGAUCGAGAAGGACUGGAUCUCGUACGGCCAUCGCUUCGCCGACCGUUCAGGUCACCUCUGCAAUGACCGAGUCGACUUUGUCCAGAAGUCGGGCGCCGACGUCUCGACUCAGCAAGCCUUCCUCGCCUCCGUCACUCGGCAGUUCGCAUCCUCUUCGCACGCCUUCAAGGAAACCUGCCCAGUCUUCCAACAAUUCCUCGACUGCGUCUACCAGAUCCAGCGGCAGUUCCCGGACCGCUUCGAGUGGAACGAGCAGCUCCUGCGGCACCUCGUCCACGAGACGUACGCGGGCGCGACGGGCUCGUUCCUCUUCAAUUCGGAGAAGGAUCGCGCCGACCUGCGCGCACGGACGAGGACGAGGAGCGUGUGGGGGACGGUCUUCGACGUCGACGAGGCGGGCGAACUCAAGCUCAAAGCGGAGUUCCGCAACCCCGACUACAAUCCUUCUCUCGACAAUCCCGACUCGAAGGCGCACGACGCAGAUCAGGGUGUCCUCCUUUUCGACCCGCAGAACGUUAGGUGGUGGUUCGAGCUGUUCGGUCGGUCCGACGACGAGAUGAACGGGCGACCGUUUGCGAAUGACCCCGGCGCCGCGCCGAUCGAACCGACCGUUACCGAGUUCAAGGUUGUCGAGUCGCCUGAAGACGACCCAAUGACGAACGGCCUCAUCGCGCAAGCCGGCUCGCUCGUCCUUUCCGACUCGCCCGCCUCCCCCGUAACCUCCCCCUCCAAUCUCGCAGCCCCUCUGCCUCCGUCACGUUCCUCUUCUCCCGCCGCCUCGCGCCAAGAAGCGAUCCUCUCGCAGCAGCAGCUGUCCGAGACGGUCGCCUCGGUGCAGAAGCUCGGCUGGUCGGCGUGGAAGAGCGUGCGGAAGUUCGGCGAGGAUGCGGCACGUCAGCUACAGGAGCAGCAGGCGAAGCGAGCAGCCGCGGCGGCUGCGGAGGAGGCGGAGCGACGAGAGAGCGGGUACGCAGCGGACGAGCGAGCAGCGCGGGAUGCAGGUGGCGGGGGAAUGUGGAGCAAGCUGUCGACGAGCAAUCCCUGGGCGCCUGCGGCAAACGACGAAGCACCGGCUACAACCUCUGCUCCCGCCUACAAACCGUAUCAGCCUCGGCACACGCCGAACUCCUUUGCUUCGACUCUUUCUGGGACCGAACCUUCUGUCCCAACACCCGCUUCAGCACCCUCGUUUCCUCAGCGCACUCAGCGACAACCCAGCAGCACGCUCUCGAUCAACCCGUGGGAGACGGUCUCGCGCGAAGAGGCGAGUUUGCCUGACCCCGCCGGACCGACUGGUCGUCCCAAGGUGCAGAGCGAGGCGGAAGGACGAAGCGGUGAUCCAUUGGGCGUAGGAUUGGCAUGA